AUGGCGCAACCGGCGGCCCAAGCGGCCAAGUCCGCGUUCAGGAAAUUCAGAGAGCUUCACGGCGUAGUAAUAUCCGCCGGACUAAUGGAUAAAACGGUCAAAGUGCGGGUAGGCGGGCAAAAAUGGAAUUCCUUCGUCAAGAAGUUCUUCGAUGAUCCCAAAACUCACCUCGUCCACGACCCCAACAAUUCCCUCCGCCUAGGCGAUGUCGUCGCCAUCACACCCGGGUGGCGCGUCUCCAAGUCUAAGCGGCACGUGGUCAAGCACAUCAUUGCGCCCGGGUCAGGCGUGCCCAUCGACGGCCGGCCGCCCAUCCCAACCGAGGAGGAGCGAUAUGCUGAAAAGGAUGCCAAGCGCGCGGCAAAGGAUGAGAGGCGGAGCAUGAAGAGAAUGGCGGAGCGGGUUGAGGCCCAACUGGGCGUUGCCGAGAUGCUCUUAAGGAGAGCGCGGAAGGAGUUCGCGCUACGAGCGAGGUUAAUGGGGGCUAGCGUGGAUGGCGGCCAGCUUGGAACAGGGGCUGGGACGCAACAAUGAAGACGAAAUGGGAAGAAAUGUGAGACGCCUAUUUGGCGCCUGGUCCCCCCGAGCGGGAGCGGACGGAAGUCGCGCGCUGUGUACAAAUCCAAGAGGUGUGGAAGAUCACCCGUGUAUCUGUAUCAAGAAGCCAUGUAUGUAACAUGCAAAGAGAGCAUCGACAGGCGUCCUGAAUAGCGUUCUCGAGGACGACAGCCAGUGAGAAAAAGCCUUUCCG